AAGAAUUAAAUUGAGUUGUAACAUUUCCACUAGGUGAGAGAAGUAAUUUCGAACAAUUUUUUGUCAGAAGUCACGCGUGAAUUAAUUUUUGUUUCUUUAGCUGCAUUUGUAUGAGUCAGAAAACAGAAAAGCCGACACUAUCAGGUCAACGCAUCAAGACCAGAAAAAGAGAUGAAAGAGAGAAAUACGACCCUUCAGGAUUUCGGGACUUGAUUCUGCAGGGUCUUAAUGAGGCUGGAUCUAGCUUAGAUGCUGUGUACAAAUUUCUGGACACUGCUGGAUCCAAGCUUGAUUACAGACGUUACGGAGAAGUACUUUUUGAUAUACUUCUUGCUGGUGGCCAUCUAGCCCCAGGUGGCACUAUCGUUACUGAUUUUGAUACAAACAAGCUUUUGCGUACUGAGGUGUGCGUAUUUUCUGCCGACGAUGACUUGGACUCUCUUAAAGGCUAUGCUCAGCUGAUUACAAAGUUGGUCCGAAGAUACAAGUAUCUGGAAAAAACAUUAGAAGAUGAAUUCAAAAAGGUUCUUGUCUUCCUGAAAGCCUUUUCUCCUGAAGAGAGAACUAAACUCGCCAAAGUUACCUGUAUCUUGGUUGGGAGUGGCCUUGUUCCCAGUGUGGUGUUAAUUAGCUGUCUGCAAGAUCAUCUGAUUAAAGAUGGUAUUGCUCUCCAGUUUUUACUGGAUUUCUUUAAGACUUGGCUGUUAGAGAAGGAUGCCCCUACCUUGUGGACAGCCCUUCGUAAAGCCGGAUUAGAAACGAGAUUGAUGGAAUUUCUUCCAACUACUCGACAAACCCCAGAAAUUUUCCAUGAAACUUUUGAAAACCAUGGUUUGAGCUCCUUGCUUGAUUAUUUGAAAGCUCAUCAGGACACUUCUGUAAAGAAAGAUCUACAACAGCAAGUUGUCCCCCUUCUGAAAAAUGAUGCUCCAAUGAAAGAGAUAUUAUCUCUGUUGAAAGACUAUCAGAAUAAGCACAGUCUACUUGAACAUGAUCUAGCUGUCUUGGUGUGGAAGACCCUAAUGGCUGCAGUUGAAUGGAACAAGAAAGAGGAGCUGGUAGCCGAACAAGCUUUUAAACACUUGAAGAAGUACAGUGCCCUACUGGCAGCUUUCACCCAAAGUGGCAAGUCAGAGCUAGCCCUGCUUAUCAAAAUUCAGGAAUUCUGCUACGACAACAUGAACUUCAUGAAAGUUUUCCGGAAAAUUGUGUUCCUCCUUUAUAAAAGUAAAUUUGAGGACUUUUAUUGUUAA